AUGGCGCCUCACUCAGAUGCCACGGACAGCGGCGACAAUGAUCCCCCGACGCCAUCUAUAGACUUUGUCACACUUGGAAUGUUUAUCAUAGAUGACAUUGACUUCCUCCCGCCCACGCCUCCAGCCAAGGAUGUCCUUGGCGGCGCAGGCACGUACUCCGCGCUCGGUGCGCGUCUGUUGUCGCCGCCACCUCUGUCCGGCUCCGUCGGCUGGGUAGUCGACCAGGGCUCCGACUUCCCGCCCGCCCUCGGCGCCCUCAUCGACACGUGGGGGACGCACGCCGUGCACCGCCUCGACGCCGAGCGCCUGACCACGCGCGGCUGGAACGGCUACGACUCCGCCUUGGACCAGCACCGCGCCUUUCGAUACACCACGCCCAAGCGCCGCCUCACCGGCGCCGAUCUCGACCCGGCGCUGCUGCGCGCCCGCUCCUUCCACCUCAUCUGCUCGCCGCUGCGCUGCCAGGAGCUCGUGCGCGACAUCACCUCUCGGCGGCGCGCCGUGAUGCCCGGGGAGACGUACACCAAGCCCAUCUUCAUCUGGGAGCCCGUGCCGGACCGCUGCCACCCGGACGAGCUGCUCAACUGCACCAACUGCCUGCCGCUCGUCGACGUCUGCAGCCCCAACCACGCGGAGCUGGCCGCCUUCCUCGGCACCGACGGGCUCGACCCGGCGACGGGCGCCAUCGACCCGGACGCCGUCGAGCAGGCCUGCGAGCAGCUGCUCGCCAGCAUGCCCCUGCAGUCGUACGCGCUCGUCGUACGCGCCGGCGAGCGCGGCUGCUACGUCGCGCGCAACGGCGGCCGACGCCGCCCGCCCCGACGCCGCCGCGACACCGACGUCAAGCCCGCGCGCCGCAAGGCCCUCAUCCACGGCUCCCUGCAGCCCGACACCGACAUGGAGUCGCUCCUCGCCGGCCUGCUGCAGGGCGACGACGGCGCCGUCGACGCCGAGGAGAUCGAGGUCGACCCGGGCGUCCAGCGCUGGAUUCCAGCCUACCACCAGGACGCCGCCAACGUCGUCGACCCGACCGGCGGCGGCAACACCUUCCUCGGAGGGCUCGCUGUCGCCCUGGCGCGCGAGGAGGACGUUGAGACGGCCGCCGUCUGGGGCACCGUCGCGGCGAGCUUCGCCAUCGAGCAGGUCGGGCCCCCGACCAUCGGCAAGAGCGACGACGCUGAGGAGACCUGGAACGGCGUCAAUCCGCUCGUCCGAUUGCACGAGUUUCAAGAGCGCCUGUGA